UUGUGUUUGUGUUUUUUUCUUCUUCUUCUCUCUGCUUGUGUUUGGUAUUUCAUUAAUUUGAUUCGUUUUAAUUAAAGAAUUAAAUUUGGUUUUUUUUCGUUCUUUUCUCUGUUUGACAUUCACACGUGGAAAUAGUUGUUACCUUUGCUAUUUUAUGAUGGGAGCACCGGUUAAUGUUGAUGGUCCUCUUGGUAAUGUUGAGGUGAAACUUGGUCAACCUCCAUCGGCCAUGAGGUCAACUGGUGGUGGUGGAUGUCCAGUUAAUCAUGGUAAUGGACUAGCGAUUCCAAGUGGAUGUCCAAUGUCUCAGGAUAAUGUAGGAGGUGGUGGUGUUGGUACUGGUGGUGGGGAGAAGAUGAAUCCUGAUAAUAUGAUGCCUAUGAAUGCUAGUCAAGAACCUUCACCAGGACAACCAUUUCCGUUAUCGGUUGAACGAGAGGUUUCAACUAUACCCAAAGCUGGAGCGGAUGAGAAGUGGGUCUAUCCAUCGGAGCAAAUGUUCUGGAAUGCAAUGAUACGAAAAGGUUGGAAAUGGCAAAGUGAACAUGAGAAAGAACCACUUCAAAAAAAUGAUAUGAGUCACAUAAUUAGGAUCCACAAUGCUAAUAAUGAAGCUGCUUGGCAGGAGAUUUUGAAGUGGGAAAAUGCUUUCCAUUCUGGUGAAUGUCCGACUGGUCCGAAAUUGAAACGAUUUUCUGGUCGAGCAACUGAUUAUACACCAAGAGCCAGAAUAAGAUCUUGGAUGGGAUAUGAGUUACCUUUUGAUCGUCAUGAUUGGGUUGUUGAUCGGUGUGGUAAAGAUGUUCGUUACAUUAUCGACUAUUAUGAUGGUGGUCCAAUUGUUCCCGAACAAUUAAAGAUUAAUCCCGCUUUUGCCGUUCUCGAUGUUAGACCAGCACUUGAUUCUGUUGGUAAUGCUUGGGAUCGUAUGAAAGUAACAUGGUGGCGAUGGAGAUCAACCUUUCUUAGCAAAGAAUCAAAAGAAAAAGUUUAAAACUAAUCAUUUUGUUUCUUUUUUUUCUGAUCCACAUUAAUUUAAAUUGUAGUUAUCUAAUUAUAAUCAUUUCCUGUAAAAAUUUACAUACAUAUAACACGUAAAUGACAGAUUUAUUCACGACUCUUGAUCAAUUUUACCUUGACAAACAUUGAAAAUUGAAAAAUAACAAAAUUAAACUAAUCUAAAUGUUACAA